UAAAAAAUGAAAAUGGAGCAAUUAACAAAAUCAAAAUUAAAUCUGGGGACUCGAUAGAGAUUGAAGAAGAAACAACAGAUAAACCAACAUAUGCUAUUGUGAGGGCAAUAAUAAGUCAUAAAGGAUCUGAAAAUAAUUCACUUGGUGGAUGUCCACAAUUCAAAUUAUGUGAUAAUGAAAAAUGGGAUGUUAUAUUUCCAAUCACUAUUGUGGAUCGACAACAAAGAGUACAUUUUGUGCAUGAUUGUACAACUGUUUGUAAGAUGG